AUGGCCCGACCAGUCUUCGGCUCUCCCUGCAAGGGACCCAAAGAAGACACGCACCAAUACUACUCUAGAAGAACGUCGGGGUCGUUCUCGUUGGCAGACUCUGGUAAGGUGGCGGGGGCGUGUUUUCAGGCGGAGGUCGAAUUUUAUAUUCAAACUCCGACAUGUACUUAUCCCGUGACGCCCCAACUGGACGUCGCACUUCCACCUUCGACCAUCGCUCUCGUGGCGUCUUCAACCUCAAACUUCAACCGCAUCUACUACUACAACAUGGCCUCGCUAUCCAGCAUCAACGAAGACUGCGUUCUCGAGAUCAUAUCUUGGCUCGACGGAGCCUCCUGCGGGUCACUUUCUCGGACAUCGAAGAAAAAUGCCCGAGUGACGAGAUGCCGGCGCUUCGAGUCGGUAACGUUUGGAAGUAUUGAUGGAAUUGUCGACGGAGACACAAUCAAGGCCUACUGUGCAUUCGUAUUCGAGCACGACCUCGCCAGCUACAUCAAGCGCAUCACCGUAGGCGAGAACAGGCCAGAUACCACCGGAGACUGCAAACCCGUCGAAGAACCUGCGUCCACUCUCAUUAUCGAUCCGCGUCUUUUUCGUCUGCUCCAAAAACUCAUCGUUGUUUCUGAGAAUCUGCAGUCGUUUGCGUUCAACUGUGGUGGAAAGAGCACGACGGAGUUUAUGUGUCUCCCGGGAGUCUCUAAAGCUCUGGGUGCUCGUUCGCUCUCGAGCCUGACUUUAACAGGAGCAACUGCUCCAGCUAUCAAUGCUCUCUCGUGUCUCUCCUCUCUACGGAUCCUUCGCCUCGUCAUGGCGACUAGCUGUACUCCAGGGGAACAAGCUCCAGCUCAGGUCACCACGCUCCUGCGAGCCUCCUCUUCUACAUUAACCCAUCUUACUCUUUCUUUCCCGGACUGUGUCUGGGGUUCUGAGUUGUUUACCUCGAAAAGGAUCAUCUUCCCUCGGGUCCAGUCGCUCACUUGGCGCGUAGAGAGCCUUGUCAAGCCGUCACCCCCUGCUCUUCACCAGGUCUUCCCAAACCUACGAAGUCUCUCGACCCACUCCUCCUUCCUCGCGCGCAAACCGUUACAGACCGAUUUCACCCCCGCAAUCCGAUCGCCGUUGGCCGUGACAGCAGACUCGAAACUAGCUGAGGCCUACGCUCGUCUAGGCGGCCUCGAGCAUGCGUACCCCACCGACGGCGAUCCUCCCUUGGCUUGGACGCAAGAGCUCCAGAUCCCACUCGAGAGCCUCUGUGUGCCCGCGAAUUUUUUUAUCCCGAAAUGCAAGAUCCCCUGGGCUGGCGUCGCAGGGCUCAGGUUCCUCCAAAUCAAUGACAUACCGAGGAAUUUUAAGAAAUUCGGGCGUAAAUCGAACGCUUUCUUGACCAUCCUUGACCAACAAGUAUUCCCGCGCCUGUCGUACCUCUGCCUCUGCAGGCAUGCGAUCGUCAACAGAUCCGAAGAAGACUCCUGGACGUCGAUGAUGCUGAACAGACUCUCCGGACCCUCAGGACGACCACUACACCGAACAACCUUCACGCUGGAGGUACGAUCCAUUGAUAAUAAGACCGGCGAGCUAAUCGAGUGGUCCUGGUUCGAGGUCGUCGAUGGCGAGUGGAGAUUGCUGGAAGAGGACGAGGGGCUCGCUAGGCGGGAGGAGCUUGUUGGGAAGGCUCAUUUUUUGGCCUAG